UUGACUAUCCAAGUCUAAGAUAAAAUUGGUGCCAGAAUUUGGUUUGAACUAAUGAAGAAAACAUUCUCUACUGGUCCCUAGUGUCAAGAGUGGUGAACACCUGCAGCUAGCAGGCUUUCCGGGAAAAAAAAAUCCAUGGGUGACAGAAGAUUUAUUGACUUCCAAUUCCAAGAUUUAAAUUCAAGUCUCAGACCCAGGUUGGGCAAUGCAACUGCCAAUAAUACUUGCAUUGUUGAUGAUUCCUUCAAGUAUAAUUUAAAUGGUGCUGUCUAUAGUGUUGUGUUCAUCCUGGGUCUAAUAACCAACAGUGCCUCCCUGUUUGUCUUCUGCUUCCGCAUGAAAAUGAGAAGUGAGACCGCUAUUUUCAUCACCAAUCUGGCCCUCUCUGAUUUGCUUUUUGUCUGUACCCUACCUUUCAAAAUAUUUUACAACUUUAAUCGCCACUGGCCUUUUGGUGACACCCUCUGUAAGAUCUCAGGGACUGCAUUCCUCACCAACAUCUAUGGGAGCAUGCUCUUCCUUACUUGCAUCAGUGUGGAUCGUUUUCUAGCCAUUGUUUAUCCCUUCCGAUCUCGUACCAUUAGGACCAGGAGGAAUUCUGCCAUUGUGUGUGCUGGAGUCUGGAUCCUAGUCCUCAGUGGUGGUAUUUCAGCCUCUUUGUUUUCCACCACUAACGUCAACAACACGACCACUACUUGCUUUGAAGGCUUCUCCAAACGUGUCUGGAAGACGUAUCUGUCCAAAAUCACCAUAUUCAUUGAAGUUGUCGGAUUCAUCAUUCCUCUGAUAUUGAAUGUUUCCUGCUCUUCUGUGGUGCUGAGAACACUCCGAAAACCGGCAACAUUGUCUCAAAUUGGAACCAAUAAGAAGAAAGUGUUGAAGAUGAUCACAGUGCAUAUGGCAGUUUUUGUGGUGUGCUUUGUACCGUACAACUCUGUUCUCUUUUUAUAUGCUUUGGUACGUUCUCAAGCCAUUACUAAUUGUUUAUUGGAAAGGUUUGCAAAGAUCAUGUACCCAAUCACCUUGUGCCUUGCAACUCUGAAUUGUUGCUUUGAUCCUUUUAUCUACUAUUUCACCCUUGAAUCCUUUCAGAAAUCCUUCUAUAUCAAUACACAUAUAAGAAUGGAGUCCCUGUUUAAGACUGAGACACCUCUGACCCCAAAGCCUUCCCUUCCAGCUAUUCAAGAGGAAGUUAGUGAUCAAACAACAAAUAAUGGUGGUGAAUUAAUGAUAGAAUCCACUUUCUAGGUACGAGAAUUGUCUUUCAGAUUCAGCUACAGUGUCUCCUAUGACUUUUUUCUAUGCUAUAAAUAAGAGAAACAAAUUGAAGCUAAUGAUACCGAGAAUAAAGUACCAAAUACAGUCAGAUACAUUGUUUGAACACUUAUUGUACAUAUUCUGUUUUGUUCAGUAAUUAUAGGUCAAGUCUAAUUACAGCAACCAAAACAGAUCAUCAAACUCUUCUGUUGAGUUGAAUUUUCAUUAUAUAAAUGGCCAGUGGUCUUGACUUUUAGUGAUGUGGGGGUUACUUUAAAACUUAAAAAGGCAUUCCAGUAAUUUUGGUAAUUGGGUUGGGCCUAUAAAUAUAGAACAAAUUCAGGGAUUAUUUAAAAAUGUUUGUGUUACUACUGAUGUAUGCUAGUACUUUUUUCCUUUUUUGAAUUAUCAUUGAAUUUAUUUUACUAAAAGAACUUAUUUUUACCUAAUGUUAAUAAGAAAUGUUGAGAAAGAGAAAUGUGUUUAAUUUAAAAGAAUUGGCAAAUUUUAUCUAGAAUUUGAAAACAAAAUUAAAAUGUUUGAGUGAAUAUGGGUGGGAAAAUUUGGAAUGUAGAUAACAUUUACACACCUAUAACCACAGUUAAUGUCAUCUUUUAAAACAUUCUUUUUGAAAACAAUACUAGAUUUUCAUAUGAAAUUGUUAAACCUGAAAGCUGCUACAUGUGCCUGGCAGGUGCAAAAUGGAAAAAUCAUAAAAUUACAGUGUCAAUUAAAAAACUUUACCCAACACUAUAUUAUUUCUUAAUACUUUCACUUAUCCUUUAUAGGGGUGGGGCCUAGUUGUAGAAAAUAUUUAUUCUUCAUAUUAAGUGUUAGGACACAGUACAGCCAGAGAGCUACAUUUGUGCCCAGGUCAGGAGCAAAUUGAAAAGAGAAGUGAACAAAAUAAUAGCAAGAUAUCUUAUAGCUUGUAAUAGUAGUUCUUGAGGUUGGGAUUAGAUAGUUGUAACUUUGAAAUGCAUAUUCUUUUUUUUUCUGUAAAAAUUUGGAGCGCAUUGUAGCCAAGGUGCUACUAAGUUUGUGCUCAGGUCGGGAGCAUAUUGAAAAACAUAUGUACAUUAAAAGAAAAAGAAAAAAAGAAUUAACAAAAAAACCUCACAAAACUAGA